AGGUGGACAUACAAUUUUGCUAACGACUGUCUCUACAUUGCGCCCCUCUCCUCCUCCUCCUCUCUCUCUCUCUCCCAGGAAGGUCUCCUCCGCCACUUCUCAGGUUUCUAAAUCUCAUCCCUUCAUCUAGAUUGUCCAUGCAUCAGCUAGGAUCGCUGUGACGCCCGCUUUUUAGUACAGUCCUGCAAACAUUAUCUUUCUGAAAAGGCUGGGGCAAUUGUAAGUCGACAGAACCAGUUUUGAGUGCAAUCGUUUUUGUCGGCCGGCAGGGAGUGAGUGAGCGGAAUUGGUGCGAUGGUUGCAACUUGGAUCUGUGUCUAAGUAAAUUUGUUGAACCGUCUGUGAGAGGUUGAGAGUUGAAGGGGAGUGUGAGUGUGAGGGGUAAUCGUGGAGGACGCUGUGAAAAUGCAGAGUUCCUCAUCGGUGUGCUACUCCGUAGCGAAGAUCGAGAGCGACUUGGGCGGUCCAUCCAGGAUGAUUGGCAGUGGGAUUGGAUCACCGGUACCCUCAAACCUUCAAUUCGGAAUCCGGAAGCAGAGCGAGAGGUUGAGCGCGUCAGCCCUGAAGGUUGGCAAAGAGUCGCACCGGAUCCGGAAACCCCCGCUGCCGCUCCCCCAAGUGCAGUACCGCCCACCAAUCAUCAUUCACACGUACUCGCCGAAGGUUAUACACACAGAACCAGAUGACUUUAUGUCUUUGGUUCAGAAGCUCACUGGCUCCAGCGACACGCGCUUACGACUGAAGCGAAAUCUAUCGGCCAAGAAAGGAGCCAAGUCCGGUGAUCGGACCAAAGUUGAUACCACCGAUCUUGAGCAACAAGGAUCAAAAGAUGCCCGCUGUGGAUCACCGGCUCCAGUCUCCGAAGAGUCGACCUUCCUGACCUCUGAUGCUUGCGGGAGUGUCCUUGCGAUGAAGCAGUCGGACUCUCCAAAGAGUCCACUAGACUCAAAUUUUGAGUUCGAAAACCACGACUUGCUGUUCACUACCUUCGACGUCAAGACGGAGCCGUCGUCGUUCUCAUUCAACGACAAUUCCUUCAAUUUCUUCAGUGACUUCAAUCCUCAGCCGGCGUCAGCAGCUUCACGAGCAUCGAACCUGCCCGCAAAGACCGGCCAGAUAGCUCAGGAGCCUUACAACUCCUUCCCCAGUAUUGAUAUCAACUCUUCCCUUCCCUCUCAGUCUGGAUCCUAUUUCACUACAGGUCCGAUGGCCAGUCUUCCUGACUUCUCCCAGUCGUUUCUCGACUGCUUUACAGGCGCUCCGGCUCCUCCUCAACGGCAAGGCCACUUCAAUGGAGGAUACUCGUCAUCCUCCGAGAGCACCAUGGUUGCGCUUGAGAAUAUCCAGGCUUUCAUGCUCCAUUGAAGGACCCAGGUUCACCUCGACAGCUAGUAAUUUCCAAUUAGAGCAUUGUUCGAUUGCUAGUAACCUGGCAACUCAUGGCCAGAGCUUGCCGUCCGGAUGGCCGACCAGUGGAAGAGCAUCUCCUGCUCUUUUCUGAUGAAACUGGACACUGUCUAGCACUGGCUUGUCAUGGUACUAGGAUCUAACCGCUUGCGUCUGUACAGCAACAGCCAGCACGCCACCACUUUGAUACAUGUCCAUCGUUGGUCGAUUCACUACUGGCUUCCAGAGGGAAGCCAAACUUUAACAGAACGCGUGAAGAUUCCAUAGCCUGCGUUGAACUAGGCAUUACCGGUAGACAGUGUUGUGCGGAAUUAUCAUCAUAACCACUUAGAAUCACUUGUAAAUGAUAGGUGGCAGAAUGAGGAUAGUCAACUAUAAUAUUGACGCCGAGCGUAGAAAAGAUUGAAUCAUUGCUGUCAAGCUGAGUCAGAUAGAUCAGGUCGCAGCAAUGACUAGUUGCUUGGGUCUUGUGGAAGUUUUGAUAAGUUUUGACCUCUGAGAGUAUGUAGAAUAUCAUUCAGUUCAAUUCUAGAAUGCUACAGGACCAAUUAGUGUAAACGUCUAGCAGUGAAGUGUAGAGAGUGGAACCCCUUUUCCUCAGGUCUCCAAACGUAGCUCGUGAUGUAUCAUAACCAUGUCACUAACAGUUAUACUAUCUGACAUAGAAUAUGUAAUCUAAUGUGUUAAUCUUUUAGAGUUUAUAUUUUGUGGUUUUUGCAUAUACCUUCCAUGUAGGCUUUAGCCAGAAGUAGACACUCAUGUAAUUAGUGGUACAUAUUUGAAGUGCAUUUGAGUCCUUAGAAUGAACAUACCAUACUACAUCUAGCAGCACGCGGGCGGCAUUGCUGAAGAUCGUCCAAGCAGUGGUCGUCUUGCAAGGUGGGAAGAAUUUCAUGAUUGGAUUGAAGCUUUCUCAUGGUCCGAAGUUGUAGUAGUUGAUCCUCAAACGGAAGGAGGUGGAGGAAAUCGGAGGAACCGCAAGUUGGCUCAGUGAUUUUUAAAUCUUAGGACUACUGUACAAGUGGAAAGACAUUCCCGUCAACAUCGACAUCGACAUCUGUAAGAUACUUUCCUUGUUUCACAUAGUAACCGUUGACGAUAGAAUGUCAAGUGGCAUUCAACUUAUGCUCUCGUCUUCUACUUUGAUUCCGAUAUAGUUUAAAACCUUAUGGAGCAUUGGUGGACGAGUUCUACAUCAGCUCCAUCACAGUGAAGGCAUUACCGGAGGCUCGUCCAACCCUGAAUUAUUCAUUGAUCAGCAUCGGAAAGGCGACUAUCCAUCAUUUCCCUGGUUGAUAGCUACAAUUGGUGACUGCCUCUUUCCUUUUGUCGAUUUUCCUCCACAUUUAGAUUAGAGGCGCUCAUCCCUUUACUUGACCUCGUGGAGCACCAGUUCUUCCAUCGAGGUGUAUCCCACAAGACUGAUAACUGACACCAUCUGUGCUGGAUGGCGGCGAAGAAGACGAAGCUCACGACAUCACAAGCUUGCCAAACGAGAUGAGAUUGUUGCCUCUGUUCAAUGCAGGGAACUUGUAGGUUUCGUAGUUAUAUUCACGUAAAGUGGUACUUGAUGCUUUUUCGUGAUAAAACUGAUAAUAGAUGAGAUCCGGAUGCCGCAUCAAGUUCCAAAAUUGAUUCAAAUAAAGGCAAGAUGUUUGAUUA